AUGUCGUCCACAUCCGCCCUGCUCGCGCCCGCGCAGACGCACGCCCUAUUCGACAUCUUGAUCCACCACCAGCUGUACGCCGAAAUCGAGGCCUUCAAGUACCCCUCCACCAUCAACCACUAUGGAUACCCGUUCCGCAAGGCAGACGGCGUGCAGACGACAAGUCCACUGCUGCAGAACAUGCUCAAUAAGUUUGCGCUGACUAAUCCGGCGCUCAAGAACUUGGACAACAGCUUUUGGCAGGACAAGAUUCAGGCGUUGGUCGCAAGGAUGGCAGAGGCCGAGCUGAGUGAAAGCUACGAUAAGGGCGCUAUUGGGUCCAGGAAAGCCUUGGCGACAGCUGCGAGUAGCAUCGCAGAGUACAUUGGGAGGGGUAUGCUAGGUGGAUAUCCGGUCGCGCUGGGAGAGGGCGACGGUAAGAAGCAGUACGACACCAACAAACCUGGGGAUGUUUUGGAAGCAUGGGAAGAGUGCGCCCGCACUUUCAUAUAUGGCAAUCUGCUCGAUCAACUGCUGGAGAAGGUCACAGCAACAGACAAGCUGGAGGACCAUUCCAGCUUAGUGCAAGCCGGACACGAGUUCAUCCUGCUGAAUGUCGCCUCGUUCCUCCACCACAUCUUCGUCAUGUCGCCAGACGGCCAGUACCUCGUGCGCCUCCUCGAGAACAUACACCGGCUCAUACCAUACUACAUGAUCAAGCAGACCCUCCGCGUCGGCAACGCAGCGUCCAUGAUCAACGGCAUGGUCAGACUGAUACUAGCAAAGCUCUCCGUUACGGCCAUGACCAACUGGAUAGGGCUGACCAACAACUCAAACGAUGGCAUGAACUUGAUGCAGCAAAUAAUUAGCACUAUCUUAGCCUGGGAUACUGCCGAGUUCCAAAAGAGGGCGUCUAAGCUUGAGUCUAUGCGAGAUGCGCCAGACAAGAAGGUCAUGAAGGCGAUCAAGGCGCAUGUCUAUGCGUCAAGAGACAGACAUGAGGCUGCGCGCAACAUGUCCAUACAGGAGGAAAAAUCCAUCGUCGCAAUCAUUCUCGACACGGCGGACACACGCAUCAAAUCUCAUUCUCUGAAAGAGCAUCAGCACGACAUAGCCAUGGAGUACUACAGCACCUACCUCUCGAUUCGUGACCGUGAAGAAAUCACAAAGGUGUUCUGCAAAUCGAACCCCGACGUCCUCACAUCUGCAGUGCGUGACUGCGUCUCAGCAAUGGACCCUGUCAUCCGCUCCAUCCACAAUGCCGUUGACCUCUCCAGCACCGUCACCGACGCCGAGAAUUUCAUAACUGACCUCGUCAAAGCCUCCAAACCGAAAAAGAAGUCCGGUCGCAAGAGCCGCGAAACGUCCAAGGAGCGCGAAGCAGACAAUGGCAACGUCGAGACCCCACCCGCCAGCGUGACGGACAGCGACAACGGUGACGCACCUACAGUGGAAGAUUUCGUCGUUCUCCUCCGCAAACACGCACCCGCCCUACACAAGUUCCUCCAUCAAGUCACCAAGAACGCUCCAGACCUUGCACACGACUACCUCGUGUACGCCAAACAAAUGUUUGGAGAAUUCAAGGCCGACGACAAGACUCGCGAGGGUGGCGCAGGGAAUAUGACAGGCCCUCUCCACUCGCUGUUCGAGACGCUGCCGAAAGAGAAACAGGAGGAGCUGAAGAAGCUGUUAGACGAGCACGCAGAACACUUGGGCGAAUUGAAGGACACAAGUCACUCGAGGCUGGAAAGUAUAAUGAAUAACGGCAAAACAAAGGGAAGUACACAUGGGCCGGGCAUGUAUCUGAGCAGGUGGAAUGCACUGCUCGACUCGACGCUCAUCACGCCGGCGACUCUCUCUGGUCCUGUACGGCGCGGAUGGGAGGUCAAAGGCGAAUUGGAUGGCAAAGGGCUCAAGACAUCAAGUGCGUUACAGAGUUCCAAGGGCGGCAAAACCGCCAAUGGCGUGAGCAUCGCAAAUGGCCUAGGUGAUGCACAGGACCGUAAGGAGAGGAAACGAGACAGCAUGGAGGAAGACAAGAUGGCAACGGUAUGGGAAGCCAUGCGCGACGGUUGGGUAGGCGUGUGCAGGGGGCUUGAAGUAAUGGGUAGUUGA